GCGGUCACGUGACAACGGGGGCGGGGCGAAGCGCAGGCGCGAGGAGCAGGCGCGAGGAGCAGGCGCAGUUGGUGGGCGGCUGUGUCAGCUGACCCAAGGGGCCUUCGAGGUGCUUUAGGCGGCUUGCCUUGGUCUCAGAAUCGCUGCCGCCAUGGCUAGUCAGUCGCAGGGGAUUCAGCAGCUGCUGCAGGCCGAGAAGCGGGCAGCCGAGAAGGUGUCCGAGGCCCGAAAAAGAAAGAACCGGAGGCUGAAGCAGGCCAAAGAAGAAGCUCAGGCUGAAAUUGAACAGUACCGCCUGCAGAGGGAGAAAGAAUUCAAGGCCAAGGAAGCUGCGGCACUGGGAUCCCAUGGGAGUUGCAGCACUGAAGUGGAGAAGGAGACCCAGGAGAAGAUGACCAUCCUCCAGACCUACUUCCGGCAGAACAGGGAUGAAGUCUUGGAUAACCUCUUGGCUUUUGUCUGUGACAUUCGGCCAGAAAUCCAUGAAAACUACCGCAUAAAUGGAUAGAAGGAGAGAGAAGCACCUGUUCUGUGGAGUGGCAUUUUAGAUGCCCUCAUGAAUAUGAAGCUUUAGCACAGCUCUAGUUAUAUUCUUAUGAAAUGGCAUUAAAUUAUUUCCAUAUAUUAUAUAGUAGGUCCUUCCACUUUUUGGGCAGUAGCAAAUCUAGCUUUUUGUACAGACUUACAAAUUAUCUAAAGAUUUCAUCUUUUUACCUCAUAUUUCUUAGGAAUUUAAUGGGUAUAUGUUGUCUUUUUGGCAAGGUAUAUAUGCCUUUUGGCUCAAGCAACAUGUAUAUCACUGUUGACUUUUUCUUUCUUAGAUCUAGUUUUAAAAAAAAACACCACAUAACUAUUCUUUGAAGAAAGGAAGGGAUUAAAUUUUUUUUUUUCCCUAACACUUUCUUGAAGGUCAGGGGCUUUAUCUAUGAAAAAGUAGUAAAUAGUUCUUUGUAACCUGUGUGAAGCAGCAGCCUGCCUUAAUGUAGUCCAUUCUUGCUAGUGGUUAGAACAGUGAAUACUAGUGGAAUUAUUUGGGCUGCUUUUAGUUUCUCUUAAUCAAAAUUACUAGAUGAUAGAAUUCAAGAACUUGUUACAUGUUAUUACUUGGUGUAUCAGUAAUCAUUUAAAAGUAAAGACUCUGUCAUGCAUUUUU